GGUUUUGUGAGCUGAAAUUUUUACCAUAGAUACAACUCGUCGAACUCUACAAGAUAUGAUAUGAUUCGAUUAAUUUGAAGACACUUGUGUUUUUUGUGGUAGAAACUCCAUGGAAUAGGCCUGAUACGAUAUUCACCGAAAAAUCAAAUUAAGGAGUUUCGAUCUGAAAUUUUGCCCGCAUGUAGGUCUUGUGGUCCGUAUAUUAGCCUGAAAGUUUCAGCGAAAACGAAUGCAUUGUUCCCGAAAUAUUAAGUUUUCAAGAAAAGUCGAUUCUUUUGGUAUGUAUGCAACAUGGUACUGUUUUCUUGAGAUUUUAAUAUCUCGAGAAUGGCGCUUUCGUUUUGGCUGAAACUUUCAGGCUAAUAUACGAACCACAAGACCUACAUGCGGGCAAAAUUUCAGGUCGAAACUCCUUAAUUUGAUUUUUCGGUGAAUAUCGUAUCAUAGAUGAUAAACCCAGUAAAAUGACCAUAACUCGAGAAGGAAGGCGCAUGGGCCCUUGUCCUUUUGGACUUUUUCUAGUCUCAUUCUACUCUACUUAUCGGCAAAAUAUCAGUUUAAAAGCUUUGAAUCACUUCUGGGGGUUCCCUCGUAAGUUUCCCGGUCAAUAAGUCAAUUUUUACAUUUGUCGUUCAAAUUGCCUCAGUUCGACAACAUGUACUAGAGAUUCAGUGGCAGUUGUCUCUGUAUAGUUCGAAUUAUUUCAGUCAUACAAUAGAAACAAUUUCACAUCCUCAAUCUUGCCUCAUUCCCAGAAGCAUACAUGCUCCCGAAGAAAGAAUGAGAUCUCAAAAUUUUAGGUACAAGUGAUUCGCUUUUAUCUACCAUUACAAGUGAAUGGCUGCCGCACAGCUCAUGGAUCAAAAGCCAACAAUAGCUAGUAAGUUCAUGAAUAAAAAGAGAAACCCUAUGGGCAACCGGAGUUCAGCAUUUGGUUACGAUCCUGACCAAUAAAAUUUCCAGUUUUCUUAUGAUAACUUUCGAUUAAACAAGCGGAAAUAUGUCGACUACAUUAUUUUGUUGAGCAAUCUAUGCUCUUUAAAAUGCUAUCUUAAAAUUUCUGGAAACAAUUAGUCUCAAUGGAGAAACAUGUUGCACAUUGAUCGUAACCAGAAGAUUUCGUGAUUCACCGUAAGCAAUACUGCUCGCGACUAAUUUACAAUAUCUUUCCUUAUUAAGACUAAUUGUUUUCUAACAUGUAAUAUAGCUUUUUAAAGAGUAUACAUUGCUCAGCCGAGUAUUAAGAUAGACAUAUUUUCUCUGGCUUAAUAGAAAUUUGUCAUUUGAAAAGUGAAAAUUUCAUUCGUCGCGGUGGUAAUCAAAUGCGGGCCUAUAUUGGUGAUCGUUUCUUACAGGUCCUAUUACUUGCUCCUCUACUUCGAAAAGACGGAAUAUCCAACAAAAUUUUCGUCUUAUCUGGCUGGACAGCAACAUCGGUGUAUACACACAAGACGUUCAAAAUUCAUUGGAUCAACUAUACCACAUUGUCGAUUGCAACCUAAUCAUUCCAUGUACCGACGCUGAUGAGUGUGUUCAAUUGCUCGAAAAAUUUGAACAACAACAUGUCUUCAUGAUUGUUUCCGGUAAUCUAGGACAAAGUAUAAUGCACCGCAUUCAUGAUAUGCAACAGCUCAUUUCAGUCUUUGUCUUCUGUGGCAACAAAUCCUAUCAUGAACAAUGGACAAGAGACUUUAAAAAAGUGAAGGGUGUUGAAACUGAUAUAAUGCCGAUCUGUAAAAAGCUACUGUCGAUCAUACUCGAAUACUAUCAAAACUGGUUACCAAUAAGCGUUCUCUUGCCGAAUUUGAAACCAAGCCUGAAUUUGAACGAAGUGGACAUUUCAUUUAUUUGUACCCAACUCUUCAAAGAAAAUAUUUUGCAAAUUGACGAGGAUGAGCCAAAGGCUAUUAAAACCUUUACCAAUUAUUGUCAUGACCUGGAUAUCAAGGAAUCUGAUAUAAAAGAAUUUGAAAAAAACUAUCUUCGUUCCGAAGCCAUAUCGUGGUACAAAUCUGAUAGUUUCAUCCCCCGUUUACUUAACUGGGCAAUGCACAUCAAUAACGUAGACGCAAUCCUCAAGAUGGGCUUCUUUAUUAGAGCCCUCCAUCGUAAUAUUCAAGAACUACAGACGAAAAAACUGAAUCACGGCAUGGCACGUUUCAGUGUCUACCAAUAUCAGGAGUUGUCCAAAGACGAUUUUGAAAUACUGAAGAAAGCGGAAGGCGGGCUAAUGUCAUUCAACAGCUUUUUAUGCGCCAGUCAAAAUCGAAAGGCAUACAAAAAGGCUACUUCGAGUGCCACAUUGGUGACUACUCUCUUCUCCAUGGUAAUCGAUCCAGCGAUUUCUUCUAAUCCAUUUGUCACUCUGGACAAGAAAGUCGUCCACUCAUCCGCAAUGGAUACUCUCUUUUCGAUUCACACCAUCUUUGAAAUCAAAAAAGUCGAAAAAAUCAAAGACAACCCCGUAGUAUGGGAAGUGAAACUCAAUUUCACAAGUGACGACGACAAACAGUUAGCUACUCUUAACACACUAAUGCGAGCAGAGAUAUGGGGACUCACAGGUUGGAAUCGACUAAGUGAAUUGCUUGUUAAAUUUCGCGCAUUCAACAAGGCCGAAGAGUUAUGCCAGGCGUUGUGCUCUCAAGAAUCCGAUAACCAUAAGAAAGUAGCUCUUUAUCAGCAACUUGGACGAAUUCAUUGUCAAAAUGACGAAUAUCUCAAGGCGAUUCAAUUCUACCAGAAAGCUAUUGAAACCUGUGAAAAUACUCUCCCUAUAAACCAAGUCAGUUUGGCUGAGUCCUACAAGGGCAUUGGUUUAGUGUACUUCAGAAGAAGCGAGCGAUCAAAAGCACCUGAAGACUACGGCAAAGCACUUGAAAACUACAAAAGAGCAUUUGAAAAGUUUCAAGAAACUCACUCUUCGAAUUGUCUAGAUUUGGCUGAUUGCCUCAACAGAAUUGGUGAUGUGUAUCACAAGAUACCCGACUAUGACAACGCACAAGAGUCAUACAAUCAAGCAAAUCGAAUUCUCCUGCAAGCUCUUCCUCCCGAUCAUCCCGCGUUGGCUAACUCAUAUAACAGAAUCGCUAUGGUGCAUUAUGGCAUGAACAAGUUUGAGGAUGCACUUUUGUACUACGUAAAAGCACUUCAAAUAUUCAAAAAAACCCAACCUCCAAAGUAUCGCGCGUUGGCUGAUUGCUACAGUAACAUUGGCAGCGUUCAUGACCGUAUGGGUCAGAAGUCAGAUGCGAAAUCGAACUUUUCAAAAGCUGAUGAAAUACGAAAACAAAUCCCUGCAUUUAAUUGAUCGUCUUCUUCGAAUUUACGAAAGCAGCUGCGAACGUGUAAAAGAACAGUAAAUUAUUUGUUGUCAAGGUCAUCUAUCUUGAGAUGUGUGUAUAGUAAGACUUAACAUCAUUUGGAUUUCGUCCAUAUUGAAGAUAUUCACAUCAUAUAGGUUGAUGUUUGAUAUUUCCUAAAUAUUAUAGAAAAUCUCUUCAUUCUAAAUAAAAAAUAAAACUCUAAUUUAAACAUAGCUACGUGCUCUUUUGCUACUUGUCAUUAGAACAGAUCAUAACAAUAAAAUAAAUAUGCUUACAUAAAUGCAAAGCGAUGGAACUCCACUAGUAUCGGAAUUUUAAAAGAAGGCAUGUAGAAAAAAGCCUUAUAACUUUCGAACGAAAAGCCAUAGCGACCUGCGGUUUUCAGCAAUUGAUAGAAGAUUAAAGGGGAAACAUUUUUAUAUAAAAAAACAAGGAUUAAAUAAUGGUGGGUGUGGGUGUAAGAGGGUAGAAGACUCACACACAGCCGUACCAUUUUUUAACAUUUUUAUGAAACAGGUUAUUUUCUUUUCAUACAUAAUUUACGCUUAUACAUAGCAGCAACAUUUGAUAUUCAUCGUCUAUGGUCACAUCCACUAGUACCUGAAUUAAUAUCAUCAAUGUAUAAACAAUUAUUAUCAAUAGUGACAACUCAUCUAUCGUCUGAAAUAAAAUUAAAUAAUUUAGAUGUAUCAUUUUACAAUAUGUCUUAUCCAAUAAUCUAUGAUAAACAUAAUAUAUAUAAACAAGGUGAUAUAAAAUUAGAUCGUUCAUCAAAUAUUCAACAAGAUGUUUUUAUUGAUUAUAAAAGUCAAAUUUUAUCUGGUGUCUGUUUAGGUACAUCAUUUAUAAGACAAAACUGUAUUAUUGGUAAAAGUACACAAAUUAUAAAUUUAAUCCUAUGGAACUAUGUACAAAUGAGUGAAAAUCAUAUUGUUAAAAAUUCUAUCAUAUGCGAUAAUGUACUUCUUCCUAAUAAUGUACAAAUAAAUCAAGAAUAUAUGCUUUGUAAAAGUAUUAUUAAGGGUACAAAUGUUCAUUUAAAUCAACGUAUGAUUAUUAUCGCAUCGAAUUCCACAACAUCAACAGCCUUAAUAGAUGAUAUUCAAAUAGAGGAUGAUUUUUCAAUUACAAAAAAAAAUGUCAACAGUUCAAAUUCUAAACAAAGAUCUAAUUCAACAAAUUCAUCAGAAAAAUUCAUUAGUUCACGAAAUGAAGAAACAAUAGUAUCAAAUAGUCAUUUAGUUAGUAUUAAUGAUUUUGAUAAAGAGCUUAUUUUUAAUUCUGUACAUGAUGAUCAAGUAAUAAAUUCUGGAGACAUGAACGAUGAUGAAGAUAAUGACAGUAAUGACGAUAAAAGUCAAUUAAAUGCGUUUGAUGCAUGGGAUGAUCAUCUAAAGCAUAGAAAAAUUACAAGUUCACCAGGCAGUUCAGAUGAUGAUUUUCAAGAAGUUAUUCAUACAUUAAAGCGUGCUUAUAAGAAAAACCUUAAACCAAACAAUAUUAUUGAUGAAGUAAAUAUGUUAAAACCAACAUAUGAUGUAUCACCAACUGAAUUUGAUCAAUUCAUAAUACGUGCUGUAUUUUUACUAUCGCUUGAAAAGAAACUAACUGAUCCAAAAAAUCAAAUUAAUGGGAUGCAGUAA